CUAACUCAAUUGACUUAUUGGAACUAUGUUAGUAUGGAAAUUUCAAAGGAUCAUUAUGGCCAGUUUAUGGGGUCAGGAAUUGUUAAGGAGGAGGAUGUUCGUCUCAUCCCCACUGGCCACAAGGGAUUCCUUGUUCAUAUAUCCAUUUCUCCUAAUAACUUAGAAAGAUUAAUUUCCGUGUUGACUGCUACCAGCAACCACUAUGUGAUAAAAUCUCACCUGAUUGAUUACGAAUCCCUCCCUGCUUCUUCAGGGGAUUUCUCGCCUGAAGAAUACAAUACUCGCUGCGAGCAUCACAAACAAACCACUGACGUACACACUGAAAAGUACAUCGAGUUGAGGAAGAACGAAGUGGCUUUUCUAUUGGGCAGAAACGGAGAAAGAAUCAAUUCCAUCAGGGAACAGACUGGGUGUUUUAUAUCCAUAUCCGCAAUACCUAAACAAGCAGAUUUGUUGUGCAAUAGAAAGGUCAUCCAGACCCUUAAAUUGGCAGGAACACCAGGAAAGAUCGAUUCAGCUCUCAAAAUGAUUCAAAGUAAUUUGUCCAUAUAUCGGGAGAAUGAUUCAAAGUUUUUAUAAGCACCUAGCCAUUAUCGCGUAUCAUCAUC